AUGGUGAAGGCAACCGAGCUGCUGAGGGCGGGAGAGGAGGAGUUCUGGGCCAACCAGCACCCCCAGCCCUACAUCUUCCCCGACUCACCUGGAGGCACGUCCUAUGAGAGAUACGAGUGCUACAAGCUUCCUGAGUGGUGCUUGGAUUACUGGCAUCCUUCUGAGAAAGCAAUGUAUCCUGAUUACUUUGCCAAGAGAGAGCAGUGGAAGAAGCUGCAGCGGGAAAGCUGGGAGAAAGAGGUGAAGCAGUUAGAAGAAGAAACUCCAGCUGAUGGCCCGAAAACUGAAGCUUUGCCUCCUGCUCGCAAGGACGGGCAUCUGCCACCACUGUGGUGGCAUUAUGUGACAAGACCCCGUGAACUUCCCAUGUGA